UUAAAGUAAAAAUACAAGAAGCAUUAUAUACGUCUGCAAAUACUUAACUGGUUAAACCCUUUCUUUAUGAAGAAAGAGAUUAUUCUAUUUAUAAGAGACUACAGUCCCCUUGUUUUCAUAUAAUUGAAUAUAUGCAGUCAAUAUAUUAUAAAAGUACAUGUACAUACUUUUAAUGAUUUGAGGCAUUUAUUGUUAUCACCUUAUUUGGUACAUACGAUAUGGAUUUGAAUCGGACAAAAUACAAAGUUCAAUAAUUCUGUUAAUAGGUAUAAAAAAUGACUCUUGCAUGAAAAAUAUAGUACAUCUAAUAUUUAUAUCAACGCCUGCGCGUUGUAAUAGCUUUGGAUGCAUGUGUACUGAGUAUUACAAAAUGAUUUGCAUAUUAAAAUACUGAAGACCUCGUACUAUAAGACUACAAUUAUAUUAAAGUUAUCAAAGUUUAUAAUUAUGACAAUGGCCGAUCAAGAUGCGAAUAAUAAUAAUUUUGCUUUAAGGGAAAAUCUAGUAAAAACUGCUGUGGAAUUUUUACAAAAUCCUAAAGUACAAAGUAGUCCUGUUGGACGUAAAAAGGAAUUUCUUAAAAGAAAGGGUUUAACAGAUGAGGAAAUACAAACGGCAUUUAAAUUAGCCUUAGUUGAUGUAACAGUUGAUCAAAAUGUUGUUCAUGAGUCAAGAGAUUACACGGUGGUUCCUAUUCCACCAGGUCGAAUGUACCCAUACUUACAAACAUAUCCAUACCAAAUAACUCUUUUCCAAAGAAUCAAAGAAUUCUUUAAUGCUACUGCCUUAAUUGGAGCCACUAUAUAUUGUGUUUAUUGGUUUUAUAAGGUAACAGUGCAUAGCUACGAUAUAACUAUUCAACUUCCACAUCGUACAGAAAAUAUAGAUAGAUAUUUACCAGAAUUUCUACUUUUAAACAGAAAGCAAUUUCCAAGUGCACCAGCAUCUGUGCCAUCUAUAUCUAUACCAUCAUGGCAAUUAGAUGCUGCAGGCAAAAAUCAGGAGAAAUCAAACGAGCGAGAAGAUGACGCAGGAAGUGGGAGUAGUACUAAUAAUUCAGAUAGUUCUUUGGAGAUGAUCCGUGAAGAUCCACCAAAAGUGUGAAAAUAGAAUAAUUAAUAAAUAUUCGCUUCCAUUUUAACAGUCUUCGAUAUGCAGAAUAUUCUGUGAUAUCUAGCGGGAGUAAAUGACUUUAAUCAUA